CACGACCGCACAUCGCAGCGUCCACGCAUCAACUUCAAAACGAAUAGGAAAUCCGGAGGAGGAGGGCUUUGUUGGGUAUAUCGACGGCUAGCAGCUACCUAACCAGUCAAGGAAUACAAGCAGCCUCUCUGAGCCGUGCUGGAGUGAUUGGUCCUGGACCUGUCCGUCCAGUGAGUCUAGUGGCUCAGCCCAGUGAGCUGCUUGAGGUGCCUCAUCGCUGUGGAUUGCAUCAUGAGACAAUAGCAGUGGGAAUCAGAACUCUCCCCCCUCCUCUUCCUCUAUCAUCUCCUCCCCCAGUUCUUUUUCUCUCAGCCUGACUCUACACCGAAACCCUCCCCCUAACAAACACACAGUCGCCCACACACACAUGCAGCCCUGUGACCACUCCUCCAGCACUGGUCAUGGUCCACUCCCCCUGUCUCUUCAGCCAGUCAGGCAGUGAGUCGAUGGAGGCUGUGUAAUCCUCUGUAAAGUAUAGGGCCUAUACGGCUGCAUAUGCUCCCUUUUGUCAUGGCGGCUGUUAUUGUUGCAGAGGCCUCCCUCAGAAGAGAACAUGAGGGAGAACAGAAGGCAGCAUAAAGCUCACAAAGGGAGGAGAAGUGAGUGAGUGAGUGAGAGACACCAACGCUGCCAUUUAUUUGACCGGAGGAGAAUGAGCUUCAUGGGGCAACAGAUGUAAUUCAAUGGAGGUGAAACCACAUGAUGUGGGACCGGCAUUACCAUCCCACGCCAAUCGCAUCCUGGACCAGCAGUCAUCUUUGGAAAUACUUGCCACAUAGUGACCUGCAGCAAGGGAUGCAGUGAAAUAGUGAAAAGUAGACAAGACUUUUUUUUCGGUUAGAAUAUUUUUCUAUUUCUCCUCUCCUUGGUGUUUUUUUUCAGUUACAUCUUACCAAAAGUGCCUUUUUGUGUUGCUUUUGUCAAGUUUUUUUUUUGCAUAUCUAGCUCGAUAUUUGUUUUCCAUAUUGCCACAGAUUAUUGCAUGUAAGUUUACAUAUCGUAACUAUCACAUUCAGUGGGAGUUGCCAUAUUUUAUAGAAGGCACAUAGUAUAUUUGACUUUUUGCGUGGGUGUUAACAGCCACAACACCAGCAUCCAUCAAAGUCACAGUUGACAAUCAUCACCUUCCUGAAUUUUGUUUCUGCUUGGGGAGAGCUGACAUACCCCCAUUGUUAAAUCACUGAGAGUCAGGUUGCUCCAGAUCGUGACUUUCUGCACUGCCUCCUCCCGACCUCUUUUGAUUUGACGACGCAGAGCCGUCGCCAUGGUCAGUUUCCAGUCCAAAUGGCGCUACCUUUUCAUGUUUCUGGGCAUCCAGCUGGUGGUCAUGGCACUGUUGUCCCGAGAGGGAUACCAGAAGAGGGUCUCUUACUUCAUCCGCAUCUUCCGCAAGCCAGACACCACUGGUCUAUCAGGCCGCAACCACACAGCAGCUGGUAUCACUGCAGGGGACGUAUAUGCCAACCUCUCCCACCUAUCCAAGGCUCACAGCAAUGGAGAUGACAUGCCCUACUGCCCUAAGACGUCCCCUUUUAUAGGUGGGCCGAUCCACGUCAGCUUUCCAUCAGGGCUCACUCUAGCAGAGGUUCAGAGGAAAAAUCCACUGGUGGUGCGCGGAGGACGCUACAGGCCGCCUGACUGUGAGGCGAGGCACCGAACAGCCAUCAUCAUCCCCCACAGACACAGAGAACACCACCUUAAGUUCCUGCUAUACUACCUACAUCCUUUUCUGCAGCGGCAACAGCUCCACUAUGGAAUUUACAUCAUUCACCAGGCUGGAAACUACACAUUUAACAGGGCCAAGCUGAUGAAUGUGGGUUUCCGGGAGGCCAUGAAGGAGGAAGACUGGGAUUGUCUCUUCUUCCACGAUGUGGACCUUAUUCCAGAGGACGAUCGCAACACGUACAUCUGCGACUCCAACCCCAAGCACGCAGCCAUCGCCAUGGACAAGUUUGGCUACAAGCUUCCGUACAAGAUGUACUUUGGAGGAGUGUCAGCUAUGACGCCGCUGCACUACCUCAAAAUGAACGGCUUUCCCAAUAACUACUGGGGCUGGGGGGGAGAGGACGAUGAUAUUGGAGUCAGAGUGACUCUGGCGGGGAUGUAUAUAACUCGACCAUCACUGAAGGUUGGCCGUUACAAGAUGAUUAAACACAAACUGGACAAAGGCAAUGAUGUGAAUCCAAAGAGGUUCAACAUGCUGGCCAAGACACGUCAGACCUGGAAGCUGGACGGGAUGAACACAGUCGAAUAUGAGACAAUCUCUCGGCAAUACCUGCCCCUCUACACCAACAUCACUGUCAACAUCGGCACUGAGGCUGGCCUACAUCCGCCUUCCCCAACACCACCCCCACCUGCCAAAGCUGCAAGCAAACCUGCAGCCAAAUCACCCGUCGAAACCCCAGCCAAGACCCCUGCCAUACUCAAAGAGGGCCACUCAGAGAAAUAGUCUACCCUCAUGUUUCACUCUGCCAUAGCUUCGGGGGAUGGCUCUUCUCCUCAAUGGCCUGGAGUUUUUUGCUGUGGAGGAAUGACUUUGUGUAGAAUCAACAUCACACUGCCUGCAGACAUUGGCCGUAGUCAUUUGGGUGAUAAAACGACUGAUUUGUUGAAAAAACAAUAGAUUUGAAUUUCUCAACCCUUAGGUGACGGCUUUUUGUCCCGAUUCCUGUGACAUUACUGAUUAUUCUUCCAAGGGAGCCAAGCUGAAGAGUGAAGGGUUAGAGUUGGACUCUAUGAGUUUAUAUAUCUACAGCGCUGAGGUCGCUGGUUAAACCUUGUGAUGCCUUAGAAUCAUGUUUCUUUCUUUUCACUUGUACCUUACAUUAUUUAGAAUAUGGGGUUAAAUGGAACAGUAGCUGCAAUUUCCAGCAGUCACACUGUGCCGCGACAGAGUCUGAUUUUUUUUUUUUUUUUUUUUGUCUCAAAGCCAAUGAAUACAUGAGUGAAAGUGAUGGGUUUUGUUUCCAUUUUAGUGUGUGAAGCUGCUAAGUGAGUACUGAGUGAAGAAAUUUGACAAACUUGUGUGCUACUGUUACAAUUAUUACCGCUUCUGACAUAACAGUGCAUGUAUCCUAUCUGUCUGUCUAUAUCUGGGAUCUUCUUCAGAAGGGGUUCCUACACAGAGAUGCUGAUCUAUAUCCAUUUGGUUUGUGUAUCAAAAGAUAGACUGAAUCUCUCAAAUGUUUUCAGAGUUUUGGAUGCCGUACACAUAAUUUUGCCUCUUGUUGAGUUCAGUGGAACUACCAGUGUGACUGAAACAGUGAAAACAUCGUAGGCCAAGCUACAGCUCCUCUGUGUAUCUGUGUUUAUCUUAGCUGAUGCAUUCAGCUCACCCUUUCAAAUUUAGGCAUAUCCAAUAUUUUUUUUUUUGUUUGUUUUUGGCGUGUGUGUAUUUGCAUUGAUCAAAUAGAGCAGUUGUUGGUGAUGGUGAUUGGUCCUCUGCUUUCAGAUGAGCUUGUGAUUCACAUCAAAAGGGAGUCUGUCUUUUUUUUUUUUUUUAAAUACAUAUAUACAAUAUAUGUUGAUUAUGUACGGUGUGCUAUAUCACCCAUUAUGUAAAUGCUUCCCUCAAGAUGUCUUUUUAAUCUUUUGCCCAUCAUGUGUCCUUUAAUCUAUACAAAUCAUAGAAAGUCACCUGCAGCAUCAGUAGAUUAGCACAGGGGUAGAGAUUAGUAAUAGUGACUGAACUAAUCCCUGUAGACAAACAAGUUAGUUCAGUAUCUUGAGCCCAAAGUACGAGAUGACACAUCUCUGAUUGCUGUUGAUGGGCAAUGAAGGUUGUUUUGCUGUUAUCACAAGAUAACAUUGUGAUUUUGCAUGUUUUUUUUCUUCAGUAGACAGAUUCUCUUGUCCUUUGUUUGUUUUGAGAAAAUUCUGCUUUUAAAGCCCCACAAAAUCAUCAUUUCCAUAUCGAUGACAUGAGGUUUUCAUCCAACACCAACAGUGUGUCAUUUUGUGAAAUUGAACCAAAAACUGGAGGUAUGUUUAAUAUCUUUAGCAAUAUUUGCAAGUUAUAUGCUGACUCGCCAGGAAGGAAACAAGCUGUUUUUCUUUCUCCCUUUUUUUUUUUUUUUUUUCUUUCAAACUCAUAAAAAACAAUUAGUCACUUGGUCUAAACGCCGUCUGUGACUUCAACAUCGACCCAGUUUGCCUGCAAUGUUCUUUAAGAAGUGAUCACAUGGAGACAGAUGCCAUAUCCUUUCCACUGGUGCCCAUACGCUGCAUGUCGACUCUCCACCCUUUUCACUUCUCUCCACUCUGACAGAUUUGAUUGUUUUCGCGAGGAAAAAUAAAAAAAAGUAGUCCCUUUACGCAGUGAGUGUGGCUGCUCUGGCAGGUGAACAAGGCUGAAACCAAAGACGACUGCACGGAAAGCUGUGAUAGUGGAUAAAAAAUGUGUGUGUAUGUACAGUAUACUCCAUAUCUCGUGAGUGGUUUCUAUAACACUGUAUUAUUCUAUCUUCAUGGACAGGCAUGUCAUUUCUUCCAUUCAAUAUUUGUAACCUCUUUCAGUUCUGAGUUAAAAAAAAAAAUCUCUCAGCAUGUAUUUAGUACGCACAGCAGAUGAAAAAACUGUUGUUUUAGUCAAGGGAUGAGGAUGCUUUAUGAUUUCUUUUUUUUCCCCGUACUGGACCUUGUCUUUAUCUUCCUGUCAUUGUGGUAUUUGUCUGCUGAAGUGGACGAGACGAGCUCUGAAAGUGGUUGCCUGUGAUUUCCUAAAUAGAUGACUAUGUGAAUUCAUAUUCAACUCCUAUGGCCUUAGCAACACACACACACAUAAUACUAGUAUUUCAACACUUGGUCACAAAUAGCAUCUUUAUAUCAAGGCUAUCUGCAUGGCAUCAGAAAGAUCAGAAUGUACUGAGCACAACAUGGAGAUGAUACAUAUCAGUGCCCAUCUAGAAAAUCUGAAGCAUGCCGAAGUGUCUGUGUCGUGAACUGGAAACUGUCUUACUGUGACUUUAAAUGCAAGUUUCCAUCUGCAUUGUGGAGUGCUCCUCACUGUUGUGUACAAGCUUAUAUUCCCAAAGUCACAAUGCACAGUCUCCGUCAUUUACCGUGUAACUCUUGACCCGAUGUUUUGGGUUUUUCUUAAGCUACUCUAUGUUUGAUUUGAUUCUGUUUCGAUGUGGAUAAGCUCAGCAGCAAUAGCAACCAGUCAUCACAGGGUAGUACUGAAGCAACCAAGGGCGAUGUGACUUUGUGAGUUAUUUCUGCUCUCUUUAUGAAUUCUGCACAGUCCAGAGUGGCCUUAAAUUCAUUAAUAAACUGAUUAUUCAAAAGAGAUGCUGCCACUUUUUUUUCUUUUUCUUUUGUUAUUUGUUGUUUUGUAUCUUCAAAGUGAAAAAUUGGCCAGA